GUCGGGUACUGGUGGAAAAGGGAUAACGCUAACCCUUUUCCCAGGCUUACGAGUCUCUUGUUCCGGCCGAUCCUCUCGACUCCUCCCGACGCCUGAUAUCUACUUCGUCCGGCGAUUCCUCUCUCAAUCGGCGGUGCGAUUAACUAGUGUAAAUUUGAGCUACAGGUGCAACCAUGCCAUGACUAAUUUAUAAAGAUGUGUUAAGAGCAAACUCCUGAUGUGCUGAAGAUUGUAAAACAGAGAAUUGAGAACAUCCAGUAGCUGUUGGCGGUAUUAUCAACUUGCCUCUUUUGUGUUAAUCUGGUACAUCAUAAAACAAAGAAAGUUUGAUAUGGGGACACUAAAUCCUUUGUGGUUCUUCAUGAAGAAGUCUAUGACAGUGGCUCUGUUUGGUAUAACAAUUUCUGACAGAUAUGCCACUGUUUAUUCUUUAACGGGUACAUCUAUGAGUCCCACAUUUACAACAAGCAGUCCUGGUUUUCCUGGAUAUUUGAAAGGUGAUAUUGUGCUGGUUGAAAAGUUCUGUCUUGAAAAGUAUAAAUUUUCACGUGGGGAUGUAAUUGCCUUCAAAUCCCCGAGUGAUCACAAACGGGAAUUUGUCAAAAGACUAAUUGCAUUGCCUGGUGAUUGGAUGCAAAUUCCAGAUACAUCUGAUAUACUGAAGAUUCCAGAAGGUCAUUGCUGGGUUGAAGGUGACAAUAAAGAAUUUAGUUUGGAUUCGAGACAUUUUGGCCCUAUUCCUUUGGGCUUGGUUCAAGGGAGAGUGACACACAUUAUUUGGCCGCCACAAAGAACAAGUAAGGUAGAGAGAAAGGUGGCAAUGGAGAGAGUCAGAUGAACUUAAUUUUGCUUUACAAGAUUUGGUCGAUCCCCAUCACACUCGUAUUAAAGAGGGAAGAGAAACCACUGCCCUCUCAGGUGAGAAAUGACUUAUCUUUGCAGGUUGGACGCAUGGAGAAGAAUGCCACCUGAUGCUCCUUGCGACAUUUGUGAGCACCAUGUUCCAACGAGCGUUCUUGGAGCUCUUCGCGUAAGAGAGAAGGCAUUGUUCUGAUGAUAUGACCGCAGCAAAUGUAAAUGUGUAGCAAUUUACUAUUUAUAAAUUUUUUUUUUAUAUUUACAAUCCGUGAGUACUUUGAAUAUUUUUAUACCAUCCCUUCCAAAAUAAACAU